GUGCGCUUCACACAGCUAGCCGAGAAGGUUCCGCUGGAUAAUGUUUACUGUUUAAUUUUCCCUGCACGCGCAACGAGACGGGUUUUUCACAGCGACUCACGGCGAAUCGGCCAAUCGGCACGCCGUGUUGCGAAGGAACAAGCAUUUCCUAUCGCUGGACAAACCAGCUGGCUCCGUCUACGAGUGUUUGUGGUUGGAAAACACAGCCGCACUGCGGAAUGCAAAGAAGUUGGGUUAAGGAUUAGGGGAGUUGUGUGUGUUUAUGCCUGUGCUGAAUUCGAAAAGUGAAGGUGGAAACCGCAAUCCGUGCUCCGGCAAACAGUGUAAGGGCCAAGCGAAUCGUUAAUUGGAAGCCCUUAGUGAGUGUGUGCAGCACUAGGCAGUUCGUUCGUUCCACACACAUACACGAAACAGUCUGCACCGCCUGCUACAAUAAACGUGCAAAGGCGGUGAAUUUGUGAAUUGCAAGCGAAAAAAAAGAGAAUUGUGUUGAGUGCUUGAGUGCGGGAAACCACGUCGCUACUUGGUGCAGUCCUCUCUCUCCGUCCCUUGCCCUUGUGUGACAAAAAAUUGCGUGAAGUGUGAAUUCAAAAUUCCUCCAGCAGCAGCAGCAUGUCGCCCGCAUUCCUGGCGGUUAUCGCCGUCAUACUCUGCAUACUGUUCCGGAUACUGAACGUCAGCAGCACGCCACAGAUCCCCAGCAUCGUCUGCAAAGAUGGCCAGUUCAUGGAGUGCUUCAACAAGAUUGCCCCGAUGCUACGGGAACCGUACAUUCCGACCCGGCUGUGGGGCUUUAGCGGACACAUCCAGACUAUAAUUCACAGUAUCGUGGGGCGCGUCAAAUGUCCGUGGCCGCUGGGCGAACGGGUCUACCUAGCGCUGACGGACGGGUCCACGCUAACGUACGAUCUUUACCAGCCGCUAAUUACGACGGUUGAAGACGACAUUACCGUGGCCAUCUGUCCGGGCAUUGGCAACUCGUCCGAGUCGGUGUACAUCCGCACGUUCGUGCACUACGCCCAGUGCCACGGGUACCGGUGUGCGGUGCUGAAUCAUAUCGGCGUCCUCGACAGCGUGCAGGUGACAUCGAGCCGAAUCUUCACCUACGGCCACACGGACGACUACUCGGCGAUGAUAAACAGCCUGCUGAAGAAGUACCCGACGACGAACAUCGUCUCGGUUGGCUUUUCGCUCGGCGGCAACCUCAUCUCCAAGUAUCUCGGCGAGGCGAAGCGGCCGGCCAACAUCAUCGGUGGCGUCUCGAUCUGCCAGGGCUACAAUGCGGUGGUUGCCACCCAGUGGCUGCUGAAGUGGCAAAACUUCCACCGGUUCUACCUGUACGUGCUGACGGAGAACGUGAAGAGCAUCAUCAUGAAGCACCGGCACGUACUGCUGUCGGACGACAUCAAGCAGCGGUAUCAGCUGAACGAGCGCGACAUUGCCGCGGCCGCCACGCUGCCCGAGCUGGACGAGGCGUACACGCGCCGGGUGCACCAGUUCCCGACGGUGAAGGACAUGUACAGCUGGAGCUCGUCGCUCAACUAUCUCGCCAACAUCCAGCGCCCGAUGGUGUUUGUGAACGCGCGGGACGAUCCGCUCGUGCCGGACAAUUUGCUCGAACCGGUCAAACAGUUUGCCUCUGCCCACAACCAAACGAUGUACGUCGAGCUGGCGAACGGUGGCCAUCUCGGCUUCUACGAGGGUGGGCUGGUCUACCCGAACCCGGUCACCUGGCUCGACCGGGCGGUCGUGUCACUGAUCGGCGGUAUCGUGAUGUCGCACAACGAUUUGCUGGUGGCGAAGCGGACGGCCUCCUCCUCGAUGGUGAUUUAAGAUUCGCUAGCACCAUUCCCUUCGUUCGGUGCCGGUGCCGGCGGCCCAGCCCAGCUGCUCGACUACGGUAGGGCCCGGUGGGGGCUGCUGUUUGCCGUCCUGCCCUCAGCUGCCCCGUCGGUGCGCGGUGUCAUUGUGGCCGUGCUGAAGCUGCUCCUCUCGCUGUUCGUCUCGAAGCCGCGGGUCGAAUUUACAGCCGAUACACCGACGUAAAACCCGCGAACGAGCAAACAUCAGAGAGAACGGGGCGUCUAAUGAGCGUACGGCGGGGCCAACUGGUGCAUGCCGGGUGGUAUACACGAAUGGGAAUGGUCGAACGAAUGGAUACAAAUGACGGCAAAAAUGGCUUCUGAAGCAAUAGGAAGCACAGAGCACAAAUUAUUAUACCUACUAAACCAACCAACCCUUUAAAGCAGCAUCAUAUCCCGCGUGGUGUGGUUGGGAAUGGAAUUGAGAGGGCGGUGCCUGUGUGUGGGUGUGUGUGUGUAUGAAUGCAUUAACUUCAACAACACUAGCAGUAUAUCCAGCGCGCAUUAACGUUACAGCAGGAGGAAGGAGCGCUCUUGUGUUCUGCUGGCGCUGGCACACGUCCACGUCCCGGUUUUCGAAUAUAUAUACACUAUAUACUAUACUGCGCAUAUUUCCUUUAACCGCCCUAGGGUAUAACUAGCUAAGAUAAGUACCACUCCACAUCUCGUAGAACUUAUACCACCCCCCAUGUACUCUCUCUCUCCAGGGUGUGUUCUGUUUGCUUAAUUUUCUUGAUCCCCCUACAUCUUACACGUGCUUUUUUUUUUCUUUACCCAUCCAUCGUGGAUGUCAAUAUCGCGCUAAUGCUAAAAUAUCGCUAGAUGAAACACGUGCACACGUGCACACUCCUCUACGUUUCAAUCGCGACAUACAGAUCGAUGCUGCAAACGUGUGUUCUGCUGCGAGUAUUAACGCUAAAUAUUUUUUAACGCAAAAGUGCAGAGAAAGAGAGGCUCACUACUCUGCGCGUGUGUGUGUGUAUGUGUGUUCUCGUAUUUAAUCGAUGUGUGUACUCCUCAUAAUUGCGCACCCAAUACGCGCACACUUUGCGCAGCAUGGUAUGGGGUGGUGCAUACGCCAAGAGACACGGGACACGGGACACGGGACGAUAUGAUGAUAAAUCAUGAACAAGUGUAACAACGUUUGGCUUAAACGUUUUCGGAAUUCCGAAGCAAAAG